AUGCCAGAAGUCAUACUGCAAGCCAACCCAGAGACAGUGGAUGAAUCAAGAAAACGAAAAACGCAGCAAGCUGAGGGUGAUGAAGGCAUUUAUUGGCGAAUCAACUGGACUCGUUUCGAUAGAUAUAUUCGCGAUGAAAUGACCCUUGAAUUGCUUGUGCCAAAGGGCUCAGCUGGAGAGCACACGGCGCAUUGCUUAUCACAAACGGUUCGAUCACUUCUCAAGGCAAAUGAGGUUCGAGUCUCACCCGUUGCAACGAUCAAUUCAACGCCGAUAUCGCUUUUUGACAUGAUGCGGUGUGUGAAGGAAAACGAGCUUGGAAUAGAACGACCUGAUCUAGAAAAAUCGUUGCGAAUCCUCGUUGACGAUUCCCACGGUGUUGUUACUAGCGUUUCAGACUUUGAACGUGCUACACAACAAAUUUGUCAAUAUCAUAUUGAAUCGCUGAUACGAGAACAGCUGGAGACAAGAGCAGUACGUAUCUUCCGCCUUCUUCAGCAAAAGGGUCACCUUGAAGAGGACCAGAUUGAGAAGCUGACGAUGAUGAGCGGUAAAGAGACUCGGGAGCUCCUAUAUGCAAUGCUUGAAGAGGGAUAUAUUCAGACUAAGCCUAUUGGUCGUACAAAUGAUUUCGCCCCAGCACGAACUUUUGUGCUAUACUACGUCGACUUACCGCAGACUGUACGCGGACUCGUUGAAUAUACCUGUAAGAUGCUCCGAAACAUAGUUUUACGUCGUGCAUAUGAAACCAAAGAACAUCGACUGCUCAUUGAACGCCAAGUGAAAAUGGAGUCGAUCAUUGAGACAAUCAGCGCUGAUGAAGCUCUGGAUGAAGAGACCAAAAAGCAGCAGAUGGCCGAAGUGGAAGAGAUGUAUAUGUCGACAGCAGAUCGCCAAACGCUGGAGAAAUACCGAAGAGCGCAAACGAUGUUGAACGCCGCCGAAACGGAAUGUGAACGGGCACUGUUUGCUUUUAGACUUUUUGUUGAAUUUUCUCAACGCAGUUGUUAG